AUGCCUCUCGAUACCUCUACAACGUAUCCUCUGACCCGGCUGCGCCUGGACGGCCGCCGGUGGAACGAACUGCGCCUGUUGCAAGCCCAGAUCUCGACCAACCCCGCCAGUUCCGGAUCAUCCUACCUGUCCAUGGGAAAUACAUCGAUCAUGUGCUCCGUUCAUGGUCCUGCGGAAGGCCGUCGAGGAGGUGACUCAGCUGGAAGUUCUGGAGCUGUUGUCGAAGUGGACGUCAACGUUGCUGGGUUUGCUGGUGUGGACCGCAGACGGAGAGGCGGAGGAGGUGACAAGAUAUCGUCACGCAUUGCAGUCAUUCUCCGUUCUACCUUCCAGUCACACUUACACACCUAUCUCUACCCGCACAGUACAAUCAGCAUCCAUGUCUCCGUUCUCUCGGCCGAUGGAUCCGUACUCGCCGCCGCAAUCAAUGCUUGUACUUUGGCUUUGGUUGAUGCUGGUAUUCCCAUGCCUGGUCUGCUCUGCGGCGUUACAACCGGUAUGAGCGGCAGUGCUUCGACACCCAAGGAUCCCCGACACGAUGAGCUGGACCCCCUACUGGAUCUGUCUCUUCCCGAGGAACAAGAGCUUCCUUUGUUGACUAUUGCAACUACGCCUAUGGUGCCUGGGGCUGAAGGUAGUAUGGAAGAUGAGGAAGAGGAAGACGAAACUACUGUUGCUUUGAUGAUCAUGGACUCCAAGGCUCACGGUACAUACAGCGAGACGAUGGUAGCUGUAGGUAUUGAUGGGUGUGACCAGAUUCGUGAGCUGCUGGAAGGAGUGAUCAAAGGAUCGAGCCGGGCAUAA